CCGGCGCUCGGCGCGCGCACUCGCGUUGGGCACUUGGUUCACCCGCGGGGACGGGACCCGGCGGUCGAGCCCUCCCGAGCGGCGUCCGCGGGCCACCACCGGCCGCUCUGCCCGCCUUUGCCCCCCGUCGGCCGGAGGGGCCGCCAGCAGCGCGCAUCCUGGCCGCGAGCGCCGAACCCGGGUGCGGAGGGGCGCCGGCGGAGCCCGGCUCCCGGGGGGCCCGAGGCUAGCACCCCUGGGGGGAGCGGUGAGGCGAAACUGCCAAGAUGUAACAGUAAAGACAAGACUUAUAAAGUAACAAAGAUGCUUCUGAGCCAGAAUGCCUUGGCGAUUAGACCACUAAAUUUGUAUCCUGUGGUGUACAUCAGCCUCCUGUUUGGUAUUUUACAUGCUGUGUCCGUUUCUCCAGAUGAAUCUUGCAUUUCUUUUAAUUUGACAUUACGAAAUUUCCGGUUAAUUUUAUCAUGGGAAUUAAAAAACCGUUCCAUUGUACCGACUCAUUAUGCAUUGUCCUACACCAUCAUGAGUAGACCAGCAGGUGAGAUGAUUGUUGAGGACUGUACAAAUAUCACGAGAUCAUUCUGUGACCUCACAGAUGAGUGGGACAGCAUGACUGAGACAUACGUCACCACGGUAGUCGGAAUCAGAGGGAACACGACGCUGGUCAAUUGCUGGGACAGAGUCUUCCCGGCAUUGGACACAUCUUUGGAACCACCAGAAUUUGAGAUUGUUGGUUUUACCAACCACAUUAAUGUGAUAGUGGAAUUUCCACCUGUCAUCCCCAAGAUGCUAGUUAUGAAAAACUUACAGACUCACUUAUCACUUAUCAUCGAAGAAAAGUCAGGGAGCAUUGUAAAGCUGCAUAGACCCAAAAUAGAUGGAAACACCACUGGAAAUUUCACUUAUGUCAUCGACAAGUUAAUUCCAAACACAGAGUACUGUGUAUCUGUUUAUUUGGAGCCUAAAGAGGCGGAAAAAAUACGUAGAUCUCCUUUAAAAUGUACCCUCCUUCAACCUGGACAAGAGUCAGAGUCAUCAGAAUCUGCCAAAAUAGGAGGAAUAAUUACUGUGUUUUUAAUAGCAGCUGUCUUCACAAGCACCAUAAUAACACUGAGACGGAUUGGUUAUAUAUGCUUAAGAAAUAAUUACCCCAAAGUUUUGAAUUUUCGUAACUGGUCAGCCUGGGUAUUUCCCAAGCUACCGCCAUUGGAAGCGGUGGCUAUAGUGGAGAUCAUUCACAUCAACAGAAAGAAGAAAGUGUGGGAUUAUACAUAUGAUGAUGAAAGUGACAGCGAUAAUGAAGCUGUUCCCCAGGCGAGCGCAGGCGGUUACACCAUGCAUGGACUGACAGGCCUGUGUCCGGCCUCCACGUCCUCGGCCUCCUCUGAGGACUGCUUCGACCCAGACCCUGAGGAACCUCCCCUGCCCCAGCCUGGGGCUGAGUCUGAGCCCCUGAUGGCACCAGGGCCUGGCCCCUGGCAGUCGGAAUGCACAGAUGGGGCCUAUGAGAGGACAGGGAACCUGCUUCAGGACCCCUUCCCUGAGGAGGACAGCUGCUCCACUGAGGGGUCUGAGGACAGAAUUAUCUUCAAUGUGGAUUUAAACUCUGUGUGUGUGAGCACCCUCGACGACGACGACCCAGAAGUCCCUCCAGUGUUAUCAUGUAUUCCAGAAGAGACAGUGGACCUAGAGGAUGCCGAGGAAAUGGAAACGAGCCUUCUGGUGGCCGGUGGAGAAGGCAUGCAGCUGCCCUUCCCCAGCCCCCCUGUGGAGUGCCUCUGGCCUGAAGAUGCUCCAUCUGAAAAGAGCGACACUGCCGAGUCGGAUGUUGACAUAGGGGAUGGUUAUAUAAUGAGAUGAAGCCAAAAAUAUUUAACUUGAACUGACAAAUACCUCCAGGGUUCUCUCUCCUUGUACCCCCAGAUGCUCCUUUGUGGUUUGCAAGUGUUCUCUGAGAGAAGGAGCAGGAGACUGCAGAGUUGGCUGCGUUCUUCCUGGUGACGCCAUCUAUGCAAAUUCGCCACAUGGAGGCAGGGGAAGUGGGAAACAGCAUCGCCCGGUGCAUUGUUUACAGUACAGUGUAUUACAAAGUGAUACACUUUGAUGGGAAAAUGCCCAUUCCCUUUACUCUCAUGCACUUAUAUAAUGUUUCUGCAGCAUGUUUCCCAGUGGAGGGAGCAAGGUUCCCUGUGGUUUUCAGAGGUGGUCCAGGGCCCUGUAAGAUUUCUGGGAAAUAGUUAAGUUGGGCCUGAGUGGGAGUGGGGAGAGAAAAAGAA